AUGUACCGCGAGGUGCUCGGCGGGGAGGCGGCCUACGCCGCGGCGCCGUCGACAUCCUCCACUGCAUCGAGGCCUGGGGCCCCGACGAGCAGCGCCGCGCCUACGAGGCCAUCGCCCGGUUCGAGCGCGACGGCCUCGACCGCCUCCAGAUCAUGCCCGGGGCCUCGGAGCUCUGCGGGUUCCUCGACGCGAGGCAGAUCAGUCCUCGUGAUCAGGAAGAAGCACUCUAGCAGCAGGAGGGGUUUAAUCACCCGCAAUGUGAAGGCCGCAGUUGAUUUGUUUCACCAAAGGUUUGGUAUGACAUUUGUGCCUGCAUUAAGCAGAGAAUUCCGCCCCUAUAAGCCAGAUCCUGCUCCAUUGCUUCAUAUUUGCUCCACUUGGGACAUUCCACCGACCGAGGUGAUCAUGGUUGGUGACAGCCUCAAGGAUGACAUCGUUUGUGGAAAGAGAGCAGGAGCAUUCAUUUGCCUGCUUGACGAAACUGGACGAUACGGCCCCCACGAAUCUUUGCCUGAAGAUGUUAAGCCUGACUUCAUGGUGUCUUCACUCCCUGAAGUACUGUCGGUGCUUGAGGAGCAUUUCGAUUUGGCUCCAGUGUCUGUCGCCGAGAGUAGAAUAUGA